AUGGCCAUCAAUCAAGAGAUGUUUUCUUCGGGCUCGGGUCCGGAUGAGAAGAAGAUAGGGUCGAAUCAAGAGGAUAUCUUGUCCAACCACUCAACCGCGCAUGAAGGCAUUGCUGAGGUCUUCAGAGAAGGCCAGGAUGUUAACUUUCGUACGGUCGGUUGGAUAUGGGCCUCGAUCAUCUUCCUCAAGAUUAUGUUUGCAACUGGAGUUCUAUCCAUUCCAGUAGCACUAGCUGCUCUCGGUGCAUUCCCUGGCGCUGUCAAUGUUGUCGGCUGGUGUGCUGUCAACACUUAUGCUGCUGUCCUGAUGGGAGACUUCCGUAACCGCCAUUCAGGCUGCCACUCCGUCGCCGACAUGGCCCAAGUCGUGGGCGGAAAGGUGCUACGUGAGGUUGUCGGAGGACUCUUCAUCAUCACCUGGGUCAUCGUCGCAGGAUCCGGUAUGGUUGGUGCAGCGACAGCUCUGAAUGCUGUUUCAACACAUGCCCUUUGCACCAACUGGUUCCUUCUCAUUGUCACGCUCGUCAUCAUAGGAUUGGCCAGUAUCCGCACUUUUGAGAAUCUUGGGUGGUUGACUUGGAUUGGUUUCGCAGCUACAUUCGUAGCUGUCUUUAUCGUCGUUGUCGGCGUCACCAAGUUGGAUCGUCCAGUAGCAGCGCCUCAGGAAGGGCCUUACGAACUCGGAUACGUCGUCAUCGCAUCACCGACCUUUAUCCAAGGAAUCAACGCAGUGACGGCCAUCUUUGUCUCCAGCGCCGGCUCUACUGCUUUCCUCCCCGUCAUCUCCGAGAUGAGAGACCCGAAACAAUACAAGAAGUCUCUUUAUGUGUGCAUGACUAUCGUCACCGCCUCGUAUCUGACAUUCUCCAUGGUUGUAUACCGCUGGUGCGGCACUUGGGUUGCAUCCCCUUCCCUCAGCUCAGCAGGUCCACUACUGAAGAAGAUCUCAUACGGGAUUGCAUUCAUCGGUUUGUUGGUGACUGGUGCACUGUAUGUGCAUAUCGCAGCCAAGUAUCUGUUUGUGCGCAUCCUGCGAGACUCUUCCCACCUCCAGAGCAAUACCUGGGUUCACUGGUCCAUCUGGUUCGGCUGCACUGUCGGGCUCGGCGCGACUGCAUUCGCCAUCGCUGGAGGAGUGCCUAUCUUCAAUUUCCUGCUCAGUUUGGCUGCUUCUCUCGGGUUCGCUCCUCUAACAAUCGUUCUCCCCUCGUAUUUGUACAUAUACGACUAUGCUGGCUACCGUCGGGGAACUGCUUUCCAGCAAGUUAAGUACUGGUUUCACUGGCUUCUUUUUCUUCUUGGCUGUUUUGUAUCCGUCGGGGGGCUUUAUGCCGUUAUCUCUGCUAUUCGCGAAGCAUAUGCUAUGAAGACCAUUGGUUCAGCAUUUAGCUGUGCUGACAACAGCGGAUCUGUAUAA